AUGAGGAUCGAGAGUGAUUCCUUCUCUAGUAAUAAGAUCUAUCCGGGCAAAGGCAAACUCUAUGUCCGACAAGAUAAUAGGAUUUUCCGAUUCGUCGGAUCAAAAACCGAAUCUCUAUUCCUCCAACGAUUGAACCCACGUAAAAUCAGUUGGACACAAGUAUAUCGUCGUAUGCACAAGAAAGGUAUAACCGAGGAAAUUGCCAAGAAGCGUACUCGUCGAACGGUUAAGCACCAACGAGCAGUUGUUGGAGCAUCAUGGGAAGUCAUCAAAGCUAAACGUAAUCAGAAACCUGAAAUGAGAGAAGCUGCUCGUGCGCAAGCCCUUCGUGAAGCUAAAGAGAAAAAAAAACAAGAACAAUCGAAAAGAAAGGCUGAAAAAGCUAAGGUUGCACAAGCAGCUUCUCGCGGACAGCCUAAAAUCUCAAAACAACAAGCUCGUGGUGCUCAGGCAAAAGUAUCCGCUAAGAAAGGAGCGAGAAAAAGCAUUGAGAUUAAUGAAAAUAUAUCUGAUGGCAAUAUACAACCUAAACAAGGUUCAAACAUAUCCCGAAAAGUUUGUCUAGGUGAUAUUGUUUCUAUAAGAAGUCCAGAUUUGUUUCGGGAAAGGAAAAUCAUAAGUCCAACGAGAAGAUCUAUCGAGUCUUUUAGUGCAAAGGAAAUUAAAUCUAUUAGAUCAAUGAUUCUAUAUCAAGAUGAUGAAAUAUUGGUGAUUAAUAAACCUCCUGGACUUGCCACUCAAGGAGGCAUCAAAACAUAUGAUCAUGUCGAUGGAUUAUUACACGCAUUGCAGUUUGAUUAUUCUGAACCGCCACGUUUGGUUCAUAGAUUGGAUAAGGUGUCAAGUCAAUGUGUAAACGCAGUGGACACAACAGGAGCAUUGGUACUUGGCAGAACUAGAUCGGCUGCCGGUAAAUUAUCGUUCAUGUUUCAAAAUAGUACUAUGGAGAAGAUGUACACGGCGAUAGUUACAAAGUUUCUUCCACGUGACAUUAACAAAAAAAGAAUAGACAUUCCUAUUUGUUACGGUGGUAAACCUCCUUUCGAAAAAGUGACAUGUGUUACGGAUGCUGAAUCACCUCUCAUGGAAAAAGCCAAAUAUGCUACGACAGAUUAUCAAGUGAUCGCUGGAACAGAUGAUUACGCUUUACUAAGAUUAUAUCCCCAAACUGGAAGAAAACAUCAGUUGAGAGUUCAUUGUGCAAGUGUAUUAGGAGUUUCUCUCCACUUGUUUCAACCAUCAUGUAGAGAUAUUGGAAAGAACCAAACCAUGAGAACUGGUCGUGGAUUGGUUCUUAGGUUGUUUUCUAAUCAUUUAUCUACUAAAGAAAAAUAUAAUUUCGAAAGUGAAAAAACGACGGAAGAACCGAAAAACAACGAAACACGAAAAGCGACAGCGCACCGAUAUAUCCAAGCUCGAUGUAAUGGGUAA